AUCGAGUUUUUACAAGACCUCGAUACUCGACUGAAAUGUUCAAUUUGUAAACUCCCUUUGAGGAAUCCACACCAAACUUCUUGUGGUCAUCGUUUUUGCGAGAGUUGCAUUAAAAAUGUUAUUGAGAACGGGGACCAAAAGUGUCCAGAAGACGGCACUGUACUUACUCUCGAAGAUAUAUUCCCAGAUACAUUUUGUAACCGUGAAAUUUUGGACCAACAUUGUUAUUGCCGCAACAAAAGUUUGGGUUGUAAGUGGACGGGAAUGUUUAGAGCAGAAAAGGAUCAUCAAAAAGAAUGUUUAUACGUGGAACAGACCUGUCCAAAUAAUGGUUGUGAAUUGCGAUUAUUGCGGCGUGAUCUUGAAGAACAUAUGGCAAAGGAUUGUAAAUUCAAAAAGAUUCCUUGUCAAUAUUCCUUGUCAAUAUGUGAGCUUUUAAAUGAACAUCUUGAAACAACGUGUCCAAAUUUUCCUUUGGAUUGCCCAAUUUGUGGUCAGAAAGUGUUACGUUGUAAUAUGGAAACUCAUUUGCUAAACGAUUGUCCUAAGGCGGAAAGUUCUUGUCUUUUAUUUCCCGAUUGCAAUUUUCAGGGUUCAAGAUCAGAUCUUAAGAAGCACAUGUCUGAAAAACAGAUCACCCAUGUUACCAUGUUGAAUGGCUAUAUAAAAACGUUAGAUGGACAUGUGAAGCAGCUGGAAACAUCGACAACAGCUAUAACGGAAAUGCAAUCAAGUGUUGAUGAACAGUUGAAGAACCAUCAUAAAGAAAUUGUCAAAUUUCAUGGCGAUCUUGAGGCCUUACGUGCUUCGCAUGGGGGGAGUUCAUCAUUUAGAGCAGCAGAAAGUUCACAAGCCAACGAAAAUAUGUCACGUGGUGCAGGCAAACCCGACGAGAAACCACGUGAUGAUACAAUUCAUGAUCAAGCUGAAAUUGAUAACAUAAAAAGACGCUUAACUAAACUGGAAGAGCAAUUCGGUGGUGGCGAUGAUGAAACAGUAUCAGAUCUUGAGAGACGGAUUGCUUCCUUAGAACAUCAAAACUCGUUGAGUGAAGUCCAGAUUGCUGAUCACGACGUAAAACUGAAUAGGAAACAGGAAUGGUCUUAA